ACACGACACGACACGACACACAGGCGCUUCCGUAUCUCUGCGAGAGGUCCGUCGAAGCCACGCGAUUUGCAGACAGCUGAGACAGCGACAUAAACAUCGAGCGCGCCUACGACGUGAUAUUACAAUGGGAGCCCUGCUCAUGGGGGAUUCACACGCGAGUCCCAAGUAUACAUUUGGCAGUGUGUAUUGUCACGUGACCGCGCCAUGUUAUGCAUCCAUCCUACAUUUCAGUCCAUGUGGAUUCAGUCGCCACUUGCGCGUUCUGCUGGUAUCAGCCUGUCCCGAUGGUAAAUACGCGAUUGCCCAUCGAUGGAUUCGAGGAUUAUUCUCCUGAGCCUGUUUGUACUCUUCGUCACGAUGCUCGCAACGUCGGCCGCCAAACAAGAAAAAAAGAAGUCGUGGCGCGACAAGGAUAUUCGAGACAUGAACGACGUUGAUAUGGAAUAUUUGCUGGAACAGUGGGAGGCAAACGAGGAACCUUUGGAGCCAGACGAAUUGCCAGAACACUUGCGACCCUUACCAAAGAUGGAUAUAUCCAAGCUAGACAUACGUGAUCCAGAGACCAUGCUGAAACUGUCUAAGAAGGGAAAAGGCGUUAUGAUGUUUGUAGACCUCGAGUCCAACGUUUCGGACGAGCAAGCCGAUAUCGCUACGCGUAUCUGGCAAACUGGCCUACAAAACAAUCAUAUCACUAUAGAAAGAUAUCCAAUUGAAAACAAGCGUUAUAUAUUCAUGUUCCACGAUGGAGCUCAGGCACUCGAAGGUAAAGAUUACUUGCUGCAGCAUCCUGAAGUAGCCUUUAUCACUAUCGAAGGACGCAAGUAUUAUCCGUCGCUAAAGGGACAACCUUUUUUAGUGGACGAUUCCUUGUUGAAGCCAAGGUCAAAGAAAGCAGAGUUGUAAUCUUGCGUGUCUCGGACACGUUAUUGAAAUAUUUUCCAUUUGUCUAUUUUUGUACAAAGAAUACUCUUAAGAUAUUUUUUUCCCCCAAGUAAUUUUCCGCAGACACAUUGUUAUAAAAGUAUAUUGUGCGUUUAUUAUAAUAAAUAAGAGAUGCGUGCUAUC